UGAAACAAGCCUCGGAGCGGCACUUCGAGCUCCAGUGUAUCGAAAGCUCGGCUCAAUGUCCAAACCUCCGAAUCGAGCGGCCCAUCGCUACUAGAAAACAUGAUCAGCAAGUUUUUGAUAGGCGGCAACAAAAUGACGAAAGGACGGGCGCAUUUUUUCACACAAGAGGAGCAGGACCUUUUACUCGCUGGAUAUGAAGAAUUUCAAGAUUUAAUACGCACAAAGGGUAACACUGCAAAAGCAACCCAAAUCAGAAAAGACGGCUGGCAAAAAGUGGCCGACAGAUUAAACACAUCAAACGUGAGCACAAGGAGAACAUGGGAACAAGUUAAAGUGAAGUACAAGAAUAUACUUCAGACUGCUAAUAAGAAGAAGGCAGACAAGCAAAAAACAGGUGGAGGUCCACACGGUCCAGACCUCACCCCUGCAGAAGAGUUGGCUCUCCAGCAAAAUGCCCAUCGCCCUGUUUCUGAGGGCACUCCAGGGGGAAGCUCCUCCUCAGAACCAGCAGCAGGGUGCAGUGGUCACUUCAUUUCAGUUGCAGGGAAUGUCAUAUCCCUUGAACCCGUGUCUGACCAAGAAGAUCUUGACGAAGGUGAAAUAUUUGAUGAAGACACUGUGUCUGAUUAUUCAUCAGGACGAGAGGAGCCUGUCGCCAGCACACAUGUCCCUUUUGGAGCACAUCAGUCCACAUCCAAAAAAGGAGAUGGUGAGAAAAAUCUAUACAAGAGAUAUCUACAACAGAAAAUCUCAUACAGAAAACUAAAAAUGAGAAAAAUACAGCAGGACAUGGAACUUCAUGAACUGAGGACAACCAAAAUGAAGUUGCAGAUACAAAUACUAGAAAAACAAUUGAGUGGCAACACGUCCUCAGAGCCACAGCACCUGGCACCAUCACUGGAGCAUUACAGCGCUCGCUAA